AGUGAUUAUUGGCUGACUUCCUUCCCCUCCAUUUGGACAAGAGCUGCAGCAGGAUAAAGGAAAGCCUGUCACAUUAUGGAGGAAGGGAAAGUAAAGUGAGAGAAAUAACUACUGAGAUGAGCUGAUUGACUAUAGACUUUUUACAGAGCUUUCCAAAAAUGUCUGACAGCCUCCCUGUCGGACAUUACAUGCAGACUGAAACUGUGCCCAGGAAAUGUACAUCUGAUCUGUGACGAGCCUCAACCAACUCUGGCACUGUCAGACAUGCACGGCUAUCUCCUCUGUGCCAUCAGCUGUCUCUGCAUUCUUCCUGCUGCUCUCCGUGCUGAAGAAUGCAGCCAAGUUGUUCUGGCAAGACGUGGGAAACUCUACACACCAGAAGGGGGCAGUUUGUCUCUGUCCUGCGUGGUCCAGCACUGUGGAGACACCUGGACAGGGAGCUGGAUAUGGAAAAAUUCUACACAUGAAAAGUUCAUCAGCAUCCACAACUCAGAUAGACGUCAAUUGACCAAUGUUACACUCUCUACAAAUCAAACCCGCUUAGUUUUGGAUUUCCUGACAGUCAGCCAAUCAGAUGAAGGUUCCUAUGGAUGCAAGGUGAUGUGGGGUCAAGGUGAAACUGAUCUGGGAAAUCUGAUGUACGUGAACAUCACAGCAGCUGCCCCCUCUCACAGGAACUUGUUGCACAGGAUUUUGGUCUGUGCCAGUGCUUCUCUUUGUCUUCCCAUCAUUCUCGGAUUGGCUCGUUGUCUGGGUUCAGGGGUCAAGCCUCAGCCGCUUCCUAGGACAUGGUCCACACAUGUAGCCGUGUACAGAGAUCGACCACACCCGCCUCCACCACUGCAGAAACAUGGCUCUCACUCACUCAGUGCUCCCCACAGGUCCCAGCAGAAAACUGAGGUGGUGUAUGCAGACAUUUCCAAGGAUCUACUGAGGCAACAGAGAGCCGUCAGAGAGCGCCCCCUGGAGCAAACUGUGUACUCAAGUGUCAAAUUCUCCUGACUGCAGACAAAGUUUUAUUUGGGGGAUAAAUUAAAUGACUCGAUCCUUGAUGUUGUCAGGAAACAUUUGACGUUGACCUUCAGAGACUUUAAGCUUCUCAUUUAUGCAUGUCCUGAUCCUGAUACCUUUUGACUUGUCAUCAUUUUAAAGCCUUAAAGCAACACUAUUUAACUUUGACUAAAGAACAGCGCCCUCUGUAGUCACAUGUGGGACUAAUUAUGUCGGCCGGAGCGUUCAGUUUGGCAGAACAUGCUGGACCUAAUUCUGACUAAGCUUCGACAAUCAGUUAGACAGACACACACAAACCAAAGUUACAGAGGAAGUACAGGUGUGCAGGGUGAGUGGUCGGUCAACCAUCAAACAAAUUUUUACCCUUUGUAUUGUAUAAUAUCGUUAAAGUAGAGGAUUGCCGGAACAAGGUUAUGUUUUAAUAACAGGAUUACACAAAUACUACUGAACCGAUUUUGGUGAAACUUGGUGGAGGGUGUUAUAUGGGGCCAGGACAAAAAAAAACAAAAAAAACCAUUUGCAUUCACUCUGUGAGGCAGGCAUUGGUGAAAUUGUUUUUUCAAAAAAUAACGCCGAUAACUUAAUGAAAAUGUAUGAAACUUGUUUGUUCGUUGAUUUAUUUAUUAGCGGAAUCAAACAUAACACAUUUACAAUAGACUUGUUGCAGAGAUGGGAAGGACAAGAAACCAUUGCUGAACAUGCAGAUCAGAGGAAGAUGUAAGAAUUCCAUGCUUUCUUAAACUGUGUUAUUAAAAAUAAAUCCUUCAGACCAGUUA